AGAUUAGAACAACAUUUCAGUUUUGACUUUCUCAACAGUCAUUAAACGGGUGAAACCAAAAGGAAAAAUAUAAAUUAAAUAAAAAUUUUUAAAACAAAAAGAAUAAAUUUUUUUUGGUUUAAAAAGUGUUAACAUUUUUACCAUUUACCAAAAGCUUUAAAAGUGUUUUUCUAAAAAACCAAAAAAAAAAACAACACCAAGUGUUUCAAAAAUAUACCAAAAAUUCAAAAAAAUUAUUUAGUGUUUUUUUUUAAAUUUUCAAUUAAGAAGUAACAACAAAUAACUGCAAUCAUCAUGUCUGCUUCUCCAACUGCCCGUCAAGCCAUGCAUGUUCCACAAAAAACCAAGAAAAUCACCAUUACGGAUCCCAUCCAAAUGCCGGAAGUUUAUUCUUCAACACCCGGUGGUACUUUGUACUCAACAACACCUGGUGGCACUAAAUUGAUUUAUGAACGUGCAUUUUUGAAAAAUUUACGUCAAUCUCCCUUGAGUCAAUCGCCACCCACUAAUAUACCCACCUGUUUGAUGAGAGGUACACCACGCACACCCUUCCGCAAGUGUGUGCCACCACCCUCGGAUCUCAGCAAGAAGGUGGAAUCAUUGAAGAUUGAGGAGCAAGAACAAUUUCAAUUGGAAUUGUAAAUUUUACAUUUAAAAAACAAAAGUAACAACAACAACAUCAACUUAAAUACAACACUUGUAAAAUAAGCAAUCAACAAAAUUCCUGCCACUUAACAAAAAAUCUUCUCCUCAUCUCCUCCUCAAAAACCAAAACAUCAUCCUUAAAAAAAUACAAUGUAAUUUAUAAGCCUAGACGCUUUAAGAAGAAAUGUAAAUGAAAGAAAUAAUGUUUUCUUUUCAAAAGAAAUCUUACAGUACUUCGCUAAAAAUUCCAAAACUGCCUCAAUGUUUUUUUUUAGCUGUCUUAGGAAAACUCAUAGAAAAAGUUUUCCCCAAAACCCACAACAGAAAUGCAGUUAAAAAACUCCAUCUCCAAAAAAAAAAAAAA